CAAGAGUCACCAUGGCACCCCUGUCCCGCCUGCUGCUGCUCGCGCUGUUCGCCGCCUCCGCCCUGGCCAUGCCGCGGCCACUCCGGGUUCACCCGGUCGACGAGGACGAGGGCGCGGCCGCCGAGAUGGGCGAUGGCGACGACGGCGACGACGCGAGCGCCGAGGCCGACUCGUCCGCCACCCGGCCCGUCGCCAUCCUGGAGCACCGGCAGGAGUUGCAGGACGACGGCACCUUCAACUACGCCUUCUCCGCCGACAACGGCCUCACGCAGAACGAGGCCUUCCACCCCGACGGCUCCAGGACGGGCUCCUACUCCUACGUGGACCCUAAGGGCGAAACGAUCCUGGUCAAGUACCGAGCCGACCGCUUCGGUUUCCACGUCCUGGACGGCUCGUCCAUCCCGAGCACGCCGCCACACAUGGUCAACACCCCCAACGCCGCCCCGAGCGCACCCCGGGCGUCUCAGCAGGCCUCGUCAGACUAUGGACACGAUGAGGGAGUGCAGGCCGUCCUCGACCCCAACUACUUCAGCUUCCCGAGCAGCGGCCUCAGUCCGGGCAUGGGCCACGGCCUCGGCAACCUCAAGACGGCGGCCUCGGCCUCGUCCAAGAGCGGCAAGCUGAACAAGGGGGGUAAGGGGGCCAAGGCGGGCGUGAAGGGGAACUUGAAGGCGACCGGUAAGGCGUCGGGCGCGCGGGCGCGUAGCAGCGCGAGCAGCAGCAUGCACUACCUGCAGCGCGAGGCGCGACAGGCGUUCGUCAGCGACCUGGACGGCGACAUGUUGGACGUGGACGGCGAUGGACAGGAGUCCCGCAUGGCCUUUAGGGCGGUGCGGGCGCCCCCCGGCAUGGUGGCGUCGUCCAGCAACGACGUCGACGCCAAUGCCGAGGGCAUGACGGCGGCAGACGAGGGCAACUACGACCACCACGCGCUCAAGUACGACGACGGCAGCUACGAGCCGCACGCCAUGAAGUACGACGACGGCAGCUACGAACCUCACGCGGCAAAGUACGACGACGGCAGUUACGAACCUCACGCGGCAAAGUACGACGACGGCAGCUAUGAACCUCACGCGGCAAAGUACGACGACGGCAGCUACGUCAAGCACAUUGGCAAUUAUGACGACGGUAGUUAUGAACCACACGCUGCCAAGUACGACGACGGCAGCUACGAGAAGUACGCUAAGAUGUACGGAGACGGCAGUUACCAGCACGGCGAACACGACAAGGGUGCGGAGGCGGGGGACGGGGAGGGGGACGGAGAGGGGCAUCACUAACUGUAGGGAAGACGAAGACCACGUCCGGGACCACCACCACCACGACUCGCUCCCCGCUAGCUGAGGGCGUCGCAACACAUUAUAAGGGCUCCAAUUGGAAGGCUGAAAAAAUAUCGGCGCGAAUUCCAAGGAACCGAGAUUGGGCCGCAGUCGCUGGUCACCUUGAUGGCGAUAUGAUGGAGUGGCACAGACCCGACAAAGAUAAGUUACAUCUUUCUCGUGCUCACGGAUUCCCCGGUUUGUUUGGAUGUCCUUGUUGUUCCUUCGCUCUGUCCAACACAUUGCUCAUAAUUGGUUAAUUAUUAAGGAAACAUUUCUGGAGAACUGUCACUGACGCCUUCAGCCAUUGAAAAAUAUGUAAAAAAGUAUGACUAUGGAUUGACUAUGUAGAUAUUGAUUUAAAUAAAAGCAAAAUAUUU